GCACUUCCGCGAUGACGUCAGCUGAAGCUCCUUGCAGUAAAAUGACCUCUUCAUGAUUGUUCUUGGCCAGUCCCCUGCUGAAAGUGAGGAAGAGGAGCUAGAGGCCACGACUGCAGAAGAGACAGUCAACACAGGGGAGUCCGAUGCUGAGAGAGGAGAUGAAGAGACAGUAUCCAGUGAGACAACAGCAGCCCAGCACAAGAUCCCAGAGGGACAGAAACGCACCACGGACCGGCGGCUGCGUGUCUGCAGCUCGUCCGCUGUCAGAGGUCAGCGGACACUAAGACGUUGCAGGAGAGGCAGAAGCAGCAGAUGGCCAGAGGUCUUCCCAAACAGAAGCCCAUCGCUGGGGUCAAGCAGGUCGUCGUUGUGGCGUCGGGGAAAGGCGGCGUGGGCAAGUCCACCACUGCCGUGAACUUGGCUCUCGGGUUAAUGGCCAACGAUCCGUCGAAGUCCGUCGGCCUGUUGGACGCCGACGUCUACGGCCCGUCGAUUCCCAAACUGAUGAACCUGAAGGGAAACCCGGAGCUCAGCGACAACAAUCUGAUGAUCCCGCUCACCAACUACGGAGUUCCCUGCAUGUCCAUGGGCUUCCUUGUGGAGGACGUGGCUCCCAUCGUGUGGCGAGGGCUGAUGGUGAUGUCGGCCAUCGAGAAGAUGCUCAGACAGGUGGACUGGGGGUCAUUGGACUACCUGGUCGUGGACAUGCCUCCCGGGACCGGAGACGUCCAGCUGUCAAUUACCCAGAACGUCCCCAUCGCAGGAGCUGUGAUUGUGUCGACGCCGCAGGACAUCGCUCUGCUGGACGCUCGCAGAGGAGCCGAGAUGUUCAAGAAAGUCCACGUGCCGGUUCUGGGUCUGGUUCAGAACAUGAGCGUGUUCCGUUGUCCCAACUGUGACCACCAGACUCACAUCUUCGGCUCCGAAGGCGCCCGGCAGCUCGCCGACACUCUGGGCGUCGGCCUGUUAGGCGACGUUCCUCUUCACCUGAACAUCAGAGAGACGUCGGACAGAGGACAACCGGUGGUCGUCUCCUCUCCACACAGCCCAGAGGCGGAGGCGUACAGGAAGGUGGCGUCUGCUGUCGUCCAACGACUACAGGAAGUCCACCCUUGAUUGACAGUUGAGUCCGCCGGUCGACUCCAUGACGACGCAGAAAUACACACACACAUGUAAAUACACACACACACACACACACUCAUGUGUGAACUGACACGUGUACAGAAACACACAUAUGAUUCUUUUAGUUAUGUGAAGCUAUUUAAUAAAAACCACAGUGAACUAC